AUGUUGCGAUGGCGGGCCUUGCACCACCGAGCUCGACGGCGCAAAAGACCAGAGUUGACGAGAAAGUGGAUUACUCAAACCUCCCUUGCCCUCUUCCCUUCGAUGAAAUCCACCGUGAAGCUACGAGUUCACAAUCAAGAAGCUAAUAACAUUGACAAAACUUGUAUACAGUUGAUGCUUAUCGGAAGGAUCAUGACGGAUGGUAAACUAAAUGCGAGAGUCAAGUGCGAUACUACAGAGCCAAGCUUCAGUUUGGAAGCGGAUAACUUUUCGCAGCUAACUACAUUCAGGUUGCAUCUGGAAAAGUUGCUUCCAGGACAAGUUGCUUCCACUGAUAUGGCUAUAAUGAACUAUGUCUCACUUGCAACAGAGUUUAUGUACAAUAUAAAGUCGAGAGAUGUUGUAGCUAGUGUUGGGUAUGACUACAUUCUUCGACAGUGUCGACUAAGAGGAAAGAUUGACUCUAAUAGUGUUACAUCUGCUUACCUCGAAGAAUAUUUGCCUAUUGCUGGUAAUGUUGGACUCCAGUUUCUUCUAUCCGCAGAGGUGGAUCAUGUGAAGAAGGAUUACAAGUUUGGUUUCGGUGUUACUCUCAGUUAA